ACUUGUGGGGAUACAUUGACUGUGGGGACAUACUGUUUGUGAAAUUUGAUGAUAUCAUGUAUGGAUUGAGAUCUAAUAGUGAGGGUCAGCUCGGUGGAAAAGACUUUGUAUUGGCUGUCAAUACGGAUAAUAAUGUGAUAUUCAGUUUCGGUGGUAAUAUUGAGGGACAAUUUGGACGGCAUGUGGAUAUGGAUGUGAAUGUAUACCAUAAACCGGAUACUAUAUUAUAUUUCCAAACAAACAAUUUAAGUAUUUCACAAAUAAGUUGUGGUUAUUAUCACACAAUUGUGUUAACGUCAAAUGGACAGGUAUUCGGGUGGGGGAGUAAUAAACAGGGACAGGUUGGUUGUGGAAAUAAAAGUUUUCAAUUAGAUUCAACUCCUGUUGAAUUUGUCACUGAAUAUCAAAUUAGUAAAAUAGAGUGCAAUGAGUAUACAUCGCUUGCUAUUACUUGUGAGGGACAGGUGCUUAUAUGGAGAAUGGUAGAUAAUAAGAACUCCAUAUCUAUUAGAAAU